AUGUCAAAAGAAACCUAUGACAGUUUAGUGGACGAAAUUGAAAAAGCACAGUUAGCUGUUCAGAAAUCUCAAAAACAGUAUAGGAGACUGAAGCGAUUUAAGGUAAUUAAUAUUUGUGGAAUAAGUAAAUUAGUGACUAGACAGAAGCCUAUGAAAUACUACUUAUAUGUAGAUGAAAUUUUUGAUAUAAUUGAAGCAGCUCAUGUGGCCAUUGGUCAUGGUGGUCGAGAUAGACCUAAAAAUGAAACGUCACGAAUAUAUGCAAACAUAACUUUAGAAAUGAUAAAUAUUUUUCUCUCUAUGUGCGAAACCUGUCAGCGUAAAAAAAGUAUGAAGAAAAAAGGACUCGUUUCAAAACCCAUAUUACAUUCAGAAAUGAACAGCCGUUGUCAAGUCGAUCUUAUCGACAUGCAAACACAAGAAGAUCGAGGGUUUAAGUUUAUAAUGGUGUAUCAGGACCAUUUGACAAAAUUUGUUUUGUUGCGUGCGCUGAAAAGUAAAAGAGCCGCAGAGGUGGCGUAUCAGUUGACUGAUAUAUUUUUAACAUUUGAUGCUCCUUGCAUCUUACACUCCGAUAACGGCCAAAGUCAAGGAUCUGUUGAAAGGGCUAAUCAAGACAUCGAGAAAAUGUUAGCUUCAUGGAUGCAAGAUAACAAUACUACAAAUUGGUCGAAUGGUAUUCGGUUUGUACAGUUUAUGAAAAAUCGGGCACUUCACUCGGGUAUCAAACAAUCACCAUACAAAGCAAUGUUUGGUAUAGAACCGCGAGUAGGUCUUAUGACUUCGACUUUGCCUCGAGAUGUUAUUGAGGAUAUACGAGAUGAAGAUGAUCUAGAAAAUGCGUUAAAUAAAAUAAAUAUGACGGAUAGUACAGAUACUGCAGAAACUGAGCCUGUAGCUAGUCGUAGUGGAGAGCAUCAGAUUAUAACUGGAGCCAAACAAAAAGCCGCAGAGAGUUCAUCCAAAACAAGUGAAGAAUCACCAGUCGAAGUAGAAGCCAGUCAAUAUGAUAUUGAAGCUGGAGCAUCUACGGCUGAAGAGCCUCUAAUAAUACCACCAAAUGACAAAGACAUCGAAGUUAUUACAAAUGUGAAUCAACAAAUAAUGACGUCCAGAGAAGCGGCACAUCAAAACUUAAAAAAACAGGCCAGGAGAAUGACAUUAGCUUCAGAUAAAAUACACGUUCCAGUAGAAAUCGGCGAUAAUGUAAUUAUACAAAUCCCAGAUGUCGACAGAGCAAAAGCAAAUCUACGUAAUAUAGUCCGAGUGGUUCUUCAAAAGGAUGAUCAGGAUUUUCACAAGAUUGGAACGAAAUAUGCAAUGCUCGACAAAUUAUAUUGCAGGUCAGAAUUGGACAAGUGCAAAGAAAAAUUUUUGCAUGAAGAAGACGUUCCAAAUACAAGUUUACCUUUAAGAACUGUUGCUAGGGAAGCAUCCAUAGGAACAGGCCAGGGAUUUAUGCGCUGCGUAUGUAAGAAAGGAUAUCCACGUAAAAAAGUGUAUAUGAUGUCGUCUUUGCAUCAUGAUAAAGAAAUCGAUGUUGAAACAGAAACAUUCUACAAUCAGACUAAAAGUGGCGUUGAUGUUGUCGAUAAAUUAUCGAGAACUUACGAUGUUUCACGUUAUUCUAAGCGUUGGCCUCUGACGAUAUUUUUCGCUUUACUCAAUCAUGCUGGUAUAAACAAUAUGAUUAAACACAUGUUCAACAAUGGCAUUGAGAAAAAUAAAACUAACUUGAUAGGUAAAUUCAUUCGGGAAUUAGGUUUGUCUUUAAUAAGAUCCCACCUAGAAACAAGAAGGCAGAACCAAAGACUUCCUAGGGAACUGCGCCAAAGAAUUGAAAAGUAUUUUCAAAAACCCCUUGAAAACAUACAACAACCGCCGGCAAAAAGGUCUAAAUACAAUGCAAAGAUGCUCAAUUUGGCCUAG